CGUCCACAACUGACGCGGAUAAAUUUGAGGUGGCAACUCUUUUCCUUUUUUCUUUUUUUCUACAUCCGUCCACAAACACUUUGUGAGCGAACGUGUGGUGUAAACCACAGCGAUGUUUAUCGCCCAGCGUGGCCUUUUCCGACGGGGUCGAGCAUCAUUGGAAGGUGAUGACUCCAAAGUGAGCAAAUGGAUUAUUAUCCUGGUCACACGUGGGGCCGUGAUGGAGGCACGCGUGGUUCUCUGGGUGUCUGCAUGUGUGGACGGACUGACGCAUUUGCCGGUGACAAAUCGACUGCAUUUUGGAACUACGGGCGAAAAAAACGUGACAUCUGCUCAUUUGCACCUUUUUCAAGAUUCAGGCCCUCAUGUUCGUAGAAACCUUUGUGUCGAUGGUCCACUGGUGCACAUGGGCAGAUCUUCCUUCUCCUUUCACAACUUGAAGCUUUUUUUUUGGUUUUUUCCGCCCGGAUUGAUGCUCAGGCACCGAGCAUCAUGCAUCUUCACUCGACUGUUUUUUUGUUUUUUUCUCUCGAAGGAAGCUUCACUGUCGCAAAAUACAAUGGGGUCAACCGCCACAUGCAUCCUGUACUUUCUCCUCGUCGUCUCUCUGAAUAUGAGCGGAAUGCUUGGGCUCUGAGGUGAUUCAUCUUCUCACGGCUAAUUUCCUUGCACGGAGGCAAAGGGAACUCGCAACUGCGACCGAACAAUAGAACAACAGACUUAAAAGACCAUCACUUUGUGUCUCGUGGUCUUUGGGUUUUUUUUUGUUUUUUUUGUAUAAAACUGAGUUCCUAUUGUUCGCCGUGAGCUUAGAAAGAAAAUAAUUUCAAUUCAGCACUCGUAACCAGAACAUACCGUUUUAAUAUAAGAUAAUCAUAAUGGAUUUUCUUUUCAACCACCACAGCUGGAAGUAAUCAGCUUUUACCUUAUUUCUCCCCAACGUUCAUUAUUGCUCAUUAUAUUUACAUUGAAUUGCAUGUUUCUGCCUACAAUUUAAAUUUGCAGCUACUCCGAAAAGAAUAACGCUACUGAAGUGAACUGUAUCGCCUCCUCACUACAGCCCUGUGGGAAUCAUUUAACCACCGUGUAAUGAGGGCCUACUGACGGAAGUUCCCUCUUUCAGUUUUUUCUCCUCUGGCAUUGAGAGCCAGAUGUGAACAAUCGGGGCCCCGGCUGAAUACGGACUGGAUCAUAACUGAAGAGAAGAAAUCUAGAUGAAGAACGGGCGCGGAUCCGACAGAACUGGAGUGAAGAAGAUUAAACGGCAAAUUGGCCUAAAAGAUGUAUUCUAGUAGAGCAACGGUGUUGAAAUGUACUAUACAUAGACGGAGGGGUACUCUCAGACUGGAGUGGGAUGGACGAGUCACUAGACUGUGCCCAAAUAGCUCCUCUCGAGGAGCGGAGCGAUUGAUCUGUUCCCGCAGAGCACACACACACACACACACACACACACACACACACACACACACACACACGCACGCACACGCACACACACGCGCGCAGACUAUAAGAGCUCGGAGAUGUCAGAUGAAUGUCUCCUGCAGUUCUGCCUUCAUGAUCCGGAUGCUGACGUCCUUCAUUCGAUUUGGUCCAGCGAUCGGAAAACUUCCCGGCUCCCAGCUCGCCCUGUCCCCGCAUUUUCGUCAGUCCUCCUCAGUCCGCUGCUGCCGCGAGGCGUCAUUCCGCGCCCUACCCUCAGCGUGUCAUUGUGCAAAAGCGUCAUCCACAUCUGCGGCGCCCUCGAUCGAAACCAAUUUGCAACAUCCGCUCCUGUCCCUCACUCGGGGGAGCUGUUCUGGCUGCCAGCUCCAACUGUAGCAAACGCAAGUCGAUGACUGAGAACUCCGCCUCCCAUGAUGGACAAGAAAGGUGCCAACGGCUUUCAGACCAAGGCUGCUGAGGGCGGUGUUCCGAGGAAGCAGUUGCCCUACUCAGUGGAGACUCCCUAUGGCUUCCACCUGGACCUGGACUUCCUCAAGUAUGUUGAUGAUAUUGAAAAGGGAAACACCAUCAAAAGGGUCCACAUCCAGCGCAGGGUCAAGGGCCCGCCCAAAUUCAGCACACUACCCAGGAAUUUCAGCCUCCCUGGGCACGGAGCCAGGCCUGCCUCUAAGGAAAAGGACAGCACAUGGUCGGGGACGUCCACCCUGGGGCCCAAGCCUAAAUCGCGGGUGACGGAGGUCCAACAGAUCUUUGACUUCAGGGCAAAUGAAGGGGGGACCCCCAGCCAGAGCAGCAGGGGGACAACCAGUCAGGGAAGUGGUUGGGUUUCAGCUAAGCCCAGAGAGGAAGUGGGCAUGGGGGCUCGGGCUGUUGAAGAGAAAACCGUGGGGAGCCAAAGUCGGCCGAAUCUGCUCCGGGCCUCAAGCAUGCCGGUCACCCUACAGCAGCGGAAGGGCUCUGAUUCAAGCAGUCCGGAUCGGAUCGUGGGAACACCAGAGAAUGGCUCAACGGAAAACAUGUUCCGUCCUUCACCAGACAUAACAGAGAGACGCGCUGUUCCCCAGGAACGAACGGGGCUUCACCAACAGAUCACGGUGGCCCUGAAGCGAGUCAGAGAGCUGGAGGAGCAGGUCAAAACCAUCCCUGAGCUGAAGGCUCAGAUCUGCUCGCUGAGGGAGGAGAGGGAAAAGCUUCUGCUGCAGCUGCAGCUGCAGCGCCAGGCCCAGGCCCAAGCACAGAUUUCCACAUCGCCUUCCACAAUAGCCCCGAGUUCUGACACUGGGUCACACGCUCAGCCGUGUGCGCACAGGCCCGCAGAAGGGCUCAGCUUAGCGCUGACGACCCGAACCACUGGUGUGACAGAGAAAAGUAGGGUGUUACAAGCAGAGAGUUCCCCAGCACAUGGACAAACGGGAGAGUGUUCAGCACAAGAAUCAGAGAGACUUACACAGCCGUCGGAAAAAUCAGACAAACAGAAAGAGACAAUCGAGCGUCCACUGGAGCACGCAGUGCAAAAGCUAUCACGUGACAUGGCGGGACAGGAAUUAACAUCACUUAGGGUGGCUAUUAAAGACACGGGGACCGGCAGUACCCAAGAUGGUAAUGCGGAAAAAGCGAGAGAACCCGAGGAGGAGACAGACAGUCUGCAGAUGGUGCAGGAGAAGCUAAUGAUACUGGAGGAUAAACUCACUCGGGCCAGCCAAGAGCUGGAGAACACUAAUAGUCUUUUGAAAGAACAAAUAGAGGAGAACAAGGUAAAAGAGGAUAAAAUAAUACAACUGAGUGAGGGAAUGAGAGUGGAGAUGUGUAGUCCAGAAGCAGACAGCAGGCCGAGGAGAGAGAGCAUCGACACGGGAACAGUGACAGAGAAGGUCGAUUUUGCCAACCAAGAGACAGAGACGGAGUCGGUUAAUAAAGUAGACAAGGGUACAGACACGGAUAAAAUCUGUGUUGAAAUAUGCGUACCCAAAGCAAGUGUCGUGGGCAUAGAUCUAGUGGCCGACGCUACAGUCGAAACACAUGACCAGGUGACGGAGACGGAGGCGGAGGUGUCUGCGGUGAGCCCACCGAGACCCAGAGCCAACAGCAUGGAGCGGGGCACGGUGACCGAGAGGAUCGCCACCCAGGAUCAGACGACUGAGACGCCAGUGGCCGAGAGGGUGAACCAGGUCACGGAGACGGAGGGAGAGGCAGUGACCGACCAGCCGCAGAGGCCGAGGGCCAGCAGUGCAGACCGAGGCACCGAGACGGAGAGGGUGGGCACCGUGGACCGGGUGACGGAGACGGAGGCGGCGCAGAGGGCCGACCGGCAGACGGAGACGGAGAUGGCGAGACGACAGGACAACAAUCCAGGCCGAGGCGCGGAAGCAGAGAGUCAAGUGGGAGGAGGCGCAAGCAGCGAAAGGGUAGUGGGUGUCGACGCUCUGGUCAGUGAAAGACUGGAUGACGGGGAAGCAGAGGAGAGACUUCGGAGAGAUUGUGAAAGUGCUGUCAUGAAAGUUGUCACAGACAGUUUAGUCAUUGUUCUAGAAAGUGCACCGGAACAAACUGCCGCUUCGGACGCUGUAAGCAACAAUGAAGAGCGCACCGGUUCGCCAGCUGCGACAGGGGACGAUAAAGAACCUACGAUUGAAACGAGUGGUGCGCAGAAAGACUCGGAAACAAAAGAAAGUACAGACCCAGAGAUUGUAGUGACAGAAAUCGCCGAAACAAAGCCGAUCACCGCGGAGAGUGGAGAGAAGAAAGACACAGCCGAGGGUGAGAUUGUGCGCGUGGCGGUCAAAGAGACGGCGGUCGAUGACGUGGUUGUCACGGCAGCGGAGGAUGCGGCCGUGAAGACAGCGGCUCCCGUGAGGCCUCAGAGGGGCCGGAAGCCCUCAGCAGAGCAGGCGCAGCCGCCACCUCUUCAACUGCAGGCUGCGCCCGUGCGUCCUCGUAGGGGGUCCAGCGAAAUUCAAGACAAGCAGCCUCGGGCGCAAGCGCAGGACGCACCUCAGCCGGAGGCUCAAACCCCGACGCAGCUCACGGAGCAAGUGAGACAUGAAGCCCCGUCCGGGUCCCUGGUUGAGGACAAGACCCAAGCAAAGAAACCUCCCGGGGAGUCUGUGGAGGAAAAACCUCCGUCGCAACCUCAGGGCCCGUCUCCUGGCUCCGGUGGCGCCCAAACCCGUCCUAAAUCGAUUCUAGCCAAGGCUCACUCGCAAACCUCUGCAACUCGACGAGGCGCAAAAGAGCUCAAGGCACAGCAGAGGGGGGCCACCGUCUCGCAGCCGCCAAGUCGUGGAUCGGGAGAAGCCCAGCCCCGCCCGACUCGCCAGGGGUCCGGCGAUUCGCAAAGUUCGUCUCAGGGCUCUCGUCGGAGUUCCGGGGAGACUCCGCCCCCUCACAAAGACGCCGGCGAGACGCCCUCCCUGCGCAGAGGCUCCGGUGAGACCGCCCAGCGGCGCGGUUCGACCGAAGCCCAGGCCUCCCGUCGGGACGGCGGCGAGGCCCAACCUUCCGGCAGGGGAUCCAGCGAGUCGCCGACCUCGCCCGCGGCCCUGGGCCAAGUCGUGACCCGGUUAACGGGGCUUCUGGGGGAGCAGUGGGCCCAGCUGGGGAGCAGCUCCGGAGCUCAGCAGGCGGCCGGCCAGCAGGAGAGCCACGGCGCGCAGAAACAGACGGCGGGCAAAAGAGCAGAGGCGGGAAAGGGGGCGACAGCCAAGCCUGCGGGGAAAGCGCUCCCUGCAGUGGCAGCAGCAGCGACAGGGAAACCUGGUCCUUCCAAAAUGAGCUCCAUCCAGAGUCAACUGGUCAGCUCCCUCAGCGUCCUCUCUGCCUUCUACUCGCCAGCCCAGAAAGCUGCCGCCGCUGCCAGCAAGCAGCAAGAACAAGGUCUCAAAUCCAUCAUGAAGAAAAAUGGAGUCGCCGACAAGCAGGGGAAUAAGGGAGCCAAGAAAAACCUGAAGUUUGUUGGGGUGAAUGGAGGCUAUGAGACGACGUCCAGUGAAGAGUCCAGCGGGGACGAGAAGUCCAAGGUGGAGCCGGAGGAAGAAGACAGCUCAGAACCCGAGGUGGAGAAGGAGAAGGAGAAGGAGAAGGAGCCUCAAGCAGCAGCAGCAGCAGCAGCAGAGGAGAAGCCCGAGGAGGCGGCCGAGAUCCAGGGGAAGGACGCGGAGGUCGCAGCCGAGGGAGGAGCCGCCGUGGCCGGGGAGAAGGAGGUCCAAAGAGGCCUGCUGGAUCCAGAGAGCAGCCAGGAGCUCCAAGAGGAGCAGGCGGAACGGGAGAAGGUUGACAAAGCGUUUAUCGAUGCCUGCCUCUACGUGAAGGAUCGUAUGGAGGAGGUUUCAUCGCCAGAUAAAGAAAUGCGCCAGGUUCUGGUGGUGCUCUACCAGGAGUGGUUCAAGGUCUCCAGUCAGAAAGACUCGCAGGCCGACACGGUCCGAUUGUACCUGCGACAAGUGGGCUUGACCACGCCCACUCUCCUGCCGUAUGUUGUCAACCUGACGGACGGCAACGGGAACAUGGCGCUCCACUACAGCGUGUCGCACUCGAACUUCCCUGUGGUCAAACUGCUGCUGGAUACUGGUCUAUGUGAAACAGAUAAUGUGAACAAGGCGGGCUAUACUCCCGUGAUGCUCGCUGCGCUAACAGCUGCUGAGAGCCCUGACGAUCUGGAGGUGGCGCAGCAACUGCUGAGACAUGGGGAUGUCAACGCGUGCUCCAGACAGGCAGGCCAGACGGCGCUGAUGCUCGCAGUGAGCCACGGCCGCGUUGCCAUGGUGAAGCUGCUCCUGGGCUCCGGCGCCGAUGCGAACGCACAGGACCGCGAGGGAUCGACGGCGCUGAUGUGCGCGAGCGAACACGGCCACACGCACAUCGCCCGCCUGCUGCUGGAGACGGGCCGCUGCGACACCGGCCUCGUAGAUAAGAACGGUCAGACAGCACGGUCGGUGGCGGAGGGAACCUCCCACCAAGAAAUCGUUGACCUUCUGAAGGCCCACGCCGAGACCCGGGCCUCCGAGCCCUCAUCCUCCUCAGACCUCCUCUAGAGCCAGGCCCGAGCCCGCUUGCUCUUCCGUCGUCACCACUCUCAGCCUGCCCCGACCCCUCGAGCCUCCCAUGUGAAGACGCCAACAAAGAGGGGGGGGGGGGGGGAUGAAAUGACCGACAACGUACAGGUCACACUCUGCUCCGCUUACUGUGGAAUUACCGGAGCUCACACACAAAACCCUCCGCGACCGGAGCGUCCUCUCGGUAUAAGCCCACAUUCUUCUUCCACAUCCCUGCCAACACGUCCCGUGGGUGUUAUUACGGACAUGCUGCAUCAACCACUCAGUGGACACACAACAAACGGGAGGGGGGGGGGGCAUGUGGUCAGAUUGACGAUGAGACAUUGCCAUAGCGACGGUAUAUAUAUAUAUUCUCAUCCCACUGUAUAUGGACAGACAAGUGGAUGCUGCUUCUCAUCAUAAAACUAGCUUGUCGCCGUGGGAUACUAAGCACAUGAUCUACCUUUUCAACAUUUAUGACACGAUUUCUAUUUUUUUCUCCUUUUCCUUUUACAUCAUCGACUUCAUCCUUUUUCCUAUUUGGACAUGAGCCAUUAUUUUAAAAAACAUCGCUUACGUAGAAUGUUACUCUGACAGAUAAUAAUCCUAUACGAACACAGGAACUGUAUUUUCUACUGCACUUUGUAAAAGAAAAAGAAUUGUGUUUGUGUACAGUAUAUAGUCCUCUCUGAUAUCGGUGUGUCCAGAAGAAACUAUAUCCCUCAAAGUAUAAAUUACAAGAGUAACUCAAUAGAAAAGAUCUUUCCAUCAUUCAGUGGAUCUUCAGCGUGUUGUUACGUUUUUCACAUUUGACGUGAGUUCCCAUCGUCUGUGAAAUGUUGUAAAAAAGCAAAUGCUUAAGUUGGAGAUUGAAUGUUUCUGUCAGACACGGUAGAAAAGUUUUUGGUUUUUUUUAAUAACCAGAUUCCAGAGUCUUCGAAUAAGAAGAUUGUUAAGCAGUUGCUGCAUGCAGAUGCUCAGUCCCGCCCCCUGCUGGUUGUCCUAUAGCACUAAACAACAGUAUGUUGUAAUACUGUGUUCCCAUGAUUAGAAUCUCUCUCUCUCUCUCGCUUUCUCUCUCCCUCCCUGCCUCCAUCCCCCGGUUCAAAUAUACAUAUAAUGUACGUCUUGUUCGCCUGCUCGCGUCUGAUCGAAUCAUGUAUGCAACUGCUAGGGAAUGCACAAUGAAUGUCAGGCUGGGCUGUGACACAUUCCAAGAGAAGACUGUAGCAAGUCGUAACAGUGCCGGCAUGGGUCAUGCGUCUAACAGAAAUGUUAUGAAAUGAAAUUUAUUAUUAUUAUUAUUAUUAUAACAGUGGAUAUAGUUCUUAUGUGUGACAAACAGACAGUGAUCGACUGAGAAAAUCCAAAACACGAAAGAUCUGAUUUGACUGUUUUUCAAAAUACCAGCUCAUCCCGUAUCUGCCUCCCGGCAUGUAUGAUUUAAAAAUGUGUUAAAUGUCAAAAUCCCAUUGCAAUGGGUCUUAUUUUAUUUUAAUUUAAGUUUUUUUUGUUUGUUUUCCUGAAAUCAAAGCAAUAUAAGUGGAAUACUACCUUUGAGUCAAAGACGAGGUAGGGUGAGGGGCUUUGCUUCCGGCCUUAAUCAGUCCUACAGUACAGAUGUGUUCCAGGGAGAGUGGCCUUUUUUUCCCCCACCUGUUUACCACAAAACAACAUCCAUACUCUGAAAGCAUCUUCCAAGCAAGAGCGCCGACCGGUCUGAUAAAAAUAAAAUAAAAUAAAAAUUGUUUACAGCUCGGUGACCACUGCAGAUGUCAAACAGGUCGGUAAGUUUACAAGAGACGAAGGGAUCAAUAGCUUUUACCCUGUAGGUGACAGACAGUGGUCUCUGGCUAUAUGGUUCUAAUUAUGGACAGGUGGAUGACUGCACUUUUUGCAUUUGUGGUGUUUAUACUUCAUCUUUAAAUGGAGAGAGAAAAGCAAGUUUGCGAUUGUGGCUGAAGGCGAUAUUUUUAAGACAGAGGGGGGAACGCCACUCAGUUCAACAACUGCCAUAUUUGUGGCGUACGACAGCCAGCUCUGCAUCUACAGUAGCAAAGGGUCCGGGCGACCAAUCGCGUCUCCGAUAAACUUUGGGAGAAUUUUUUUACGUGACGAAGCUUUAUUAGAUUCUAUAUUAGUUGGGUUUUCUCCCGUCAUAAUAACAUCACCACGCCGCUCUCGUGCCGUCUUGUAAACCGACGGAAUUAAACAGCUCCCUGCACCAGGACUCUCACACCUGGACACUUUAUAAUGAUGGGUGUUGACUUGACAUUUACUCAGCGACAAUGGGACUUUUCCUUCCUUACGGUGGUUUGGCAAUCGGAUCAUCUUCAUCUGUUGCCUCACGAACUAGCACAGGCUCUGUCCAAACACGGACACCGCGUUUCACACGACGACAUCAGUAAAUCUGAUUUUUCUUUUUUUCUUUUUUUUUUUACUGCGCAGCACAUCUUGGUGUACAUUAACGGGACAAAGAUUUGAGUCUUCCCCGGAAAAGCACAGAAAGCUAAAAAAAGAAGGAGGAACCGAUCCGUGCUGCGACAAGUGUCUGGUGUAUCUUCUGGUCUUCCGUGCCUGUGUGUUCUAAGUCUUAAAAAGUAAAUCGCAUCCAUAUGUUUAAUCCAGUGUGACCCAGAUGUAAUAAGGUUGCAUAACUGGCUGAACACCAAAGACCUGAAAUCAAAUCUGUUUCACAUGGGGUUAAAUAUAUAAAUAUAUAUAUAUAUAUAUAUAUUUUAUCUGUUCCUGUAAAUCCAGCCAAAUACAUGUACAUACAGUAUUGUGAAGAGUAUAUAACAAGUAUCGUCUGACAGUUUACUCUGAGAAAAAAAAAAGAUAUGAAGUAUUUAUUCCAAAAGCUAUAUUUUUACCAUAUAUAUAAUAUACUUAUAUAUGCAUGGACAAAUAUCCCCGUGAAUAUGUUGGGAGGGGAAUUUGGAUGAUUAGAAAAUGAUGCUCCCUGAUUAUGUGAUGAUUCUACUUAACAUCGACUGGCUGGGUGGUACAGUAAAUGUGUGAAGGUCGUGGACCGUGGUCAUGUGUCGUUGACAUUUGUGGUGGGGGGGGGGGGGGGGGCGUGAGAAACAGAUCUGACACUGGUUUAUGCUACGAAAGGGCGACGUCACCUGAAAAUCGGAGUCCAAAUGAAAAAGACCUGUACCUCUCUGUAAUAUUCCUUGUACAACAAAAGCUUGUAUGUUACAAACCAGAGAACUACUUCUAAAUAAAUGACUAUUAAGAUUUAAAA